AUGGCUAAGGCAAUGGCAAGCUUGGGCAUGUCCUGGAUAGUCCUCUUCCUAGCUCUGGCAAUGACUCAGGCAGAUCCAGGUGCCAAGCAAGUGAAGUGCCAGGACAAGGACUACCCACUUUGCUACCAUGUGAAGCUCUAUUGUCCUGCUACUUGUCUCAGGACUUGUAAGGUGGAUUGUGCUUCCUGCCUACCUGUUUGCACCAGCGGCGACGACACCGGCGACGACACCCCACCUACUCCGCGGGGUGACAACAGCGGUGACACUGGCGAUGACACCCCACCGCCCCCGCCGGUGACACAUCGCUCCCCGCCGCCUCCAUCCACUCCAGUCCUUGUCCCUCCCCCGCCAUCCUCAUCUCCCCACACCGCCACCCCCCCUCCUCCAACACCUCCGUUGCCCACCACUGUCUCUUCUCCUCCUCCCCCAUCGACCACCACGCCGCCUCCUCCUCCGCCUCCAUCAAGCGAAGUAUCGGGAGCGAAGAUAGUGAGGUGCAAGAACAGGAAUUACCCUCAAUGCUACGUAUUGGAGCAAAGCUGCCCCAGUGCUUGUGCAUCUACCUGUGAGGUUGAUUGUGUGACUUGCAAGCCAGUUUGCAGCUGCAACUAUCCCGGCGCGGUGUGCCAGGACCCACGCUUCAUCGGCGGCGACGGCAUCACCUUCUACUUCCACGGCAAGAAGAACCGUGACUUCUGCCUUGUCUCCGACUCCAACCUCCACAUCAACGCGCGCUUCAUCGGCCGCCGCAAUGCCAAUGUGCGCCGUGACUUCACCUGGGUCCAGUCCCUUGGUAUCCUCUUCGGCUCCCACAACCUCUUCCUCGGCGCGCUCAAGACCUCAGCUUGGGACGAUGCUGCCGACCGCCUCUCCCUCUACCUUGACGGCGCCCCCAUCGCCCUCCCUCAACGCGAGGGCGCCUCGUGGCACUCCAAGACCACCCCACGCAUCUCAUUCACAAGGUACCGCGACACAAACGCUAUCGAAAUCGAAGUGGAGAAGAACUUCAAAAUCAAGGCCAUGGUCGUCCCGAUCACCCGGAAGGACUCGUUGAUCCACAACUACGGAAUAACCGACGAAGAUUGCUUCGCUCACUUGGACUUGAGCUUCAAGUUCUACGCAUUGAGCGGCGACGUGAGCGGCGUCCUGGGGCAGACCUACGCGAGGAACUACGUAAGCAGGGCCAAGAUGGGCGUCGCGAUGCCAGUGCUGGGAGGCGAGAGGGAGUUCGCAUCGUCAGGCCUUUUCACCGCCGACUGCGCGGCAUCCCGGUUCGUCGGCCAGUUGGCGCCGUGGAACUCGACCGAGAGUUUUGAGUACGCUGACCUCGAGUGCGCUGGCGGAGUAGAGGACCGCGGAGUCGUGUGCAAGAGAUAA